AUGCUACGAGUCGUCUGUCCCAUCGUACUUUGCCUGCUGGUGCAGGCAUGCUACGCGCGAGAGUUGACCGGCUAUCGGGCUCGUCGCGAUGCAGAGACGGAUGUGACGAACGCUCAUCAACCGGUCCCGUCGAAGACUUCCGGUUUGAGCGAGGGCGGCCAAGAUUUCAACGAUCUCGCGACAGCUGCCUCGGGUCAUCAAGGCCAACAUCACGAAUCAGGCGGUGGGCACAGCCAUCACGCGGACCACCACGAGGAGCACGGUGCUGAGGGCGAAAAAGGCUACAAGAGCCAUCACCAUCACGACAAAACCGACAAAGGUGAGCACGACAAGGAACAUCAGGCUGGCCAUCACGAAGAGCACGGUGGCCACAAGAAGGGACACCACGACGAAAAUGAGAAGUACGGGGAGCACCACGAGGGCGAGAAAGGGCACAAAGGUGGCAAAUUCGGCGAGAAAAAGGGCCAUAAAAAAGGCCACAAGACAAAAGGCUAUCACAACAAGUUCCACAAGGACGAGUAUCACAAGGAGCACAAGUUCUACGAUGAUUAUCAUAAAGGAGGCCAUCAUAAGAAACACGGAGACUUUCAUGGACACCAUGAGAAGAAAGAAGGCGAACACAAGAAGGCCGGACACAAACAUGCCGGAUAUCACGAGGAUCACCAUGGCAAGAAGGGACAUCACGAUAAGGGACAUCUGGACGAACAGCACAAGGGUCAUCAUGGGAAGCAUGGACACGAUGAUCACUACAGUCAUCAUGAUUCUUACGGCAAGAAGGGCGAUCAGCAUUCUGGAAAGAAGUUUGGGUACAAUAAGGGGCACAAGGGUUGA